AUGGCGCCCUCUGCAACCGGUGGCAAGAAGCAAAAGAAGAAGUGGUCCAAGGGCAAGGUCAAGGACAAGGCUCAGCACGCCGUUGUCUUCGAGAAGACCACCCUUGAGAAGCUCAACAAGGAUGUUCAGACCUACCGCCUGAUCACCGUUGCUACCCUCGUCGAUCGCCUGAAGAUCAACGGCUCCCUUGCCCGCAAGGCCCUUGCCGACCUCGAGGAGCAGGGUCAGAUCAAGAAGGUUGUCAGCCACUCCAAGCUGAACAUCUACACCCGCGCCGUCGCCGCCGAGUAA